AUGUCCGACUACAUCGACGAUUUCGAUUUCUCCUCCCUCUCCAUCGACGACAUUGACCUUGGUUUCGUUCCGCAGGAUGAUCUCGCUGCGUUUGAGUCUUUGAAAGCAGAUUGCAUUCGGGCCUCUAGCAUGCCGUACGAGCACUUCGACAACACAUUCGCCGCACCUAUGCCCGUUUCGCAACCGCCGCUCAACACCGACGCGAUGAUGCACGAACACCCCCUUCAUGGUAUUACACCUUGGUCCUUCGCGACACCAGGCAACCAACGUUCACAUCGCGCGUCCAUGCCCAGCGAUACCGUCUUCGCGUAA